UCAUUCAUAACGCGGGACGGCUGGUGAUAACAGUUAUCAAAACAUGCUUACUUCGGUGAUUGGCGUUGAAAGUUGUUUUAUUCGGAAAUGGGGCUUUUUAGUUAAUUAAAAGAAAUUCUGACUUAGUCAUGGAAUCGUCCUACAUCGACGAACAGCCCGAAAGGAAGAACUGCUGGUCAUUUUUGGACGACGUAUUUUUUACUUUACGAGACGAAGAAGCCCCGAGGGAAAGAAAAUGCUUUCUGGCGGACAAUUUACUGAGUACUGUAUGUGAUUCGUUGAGGAAUAUCGACACAACAGACAGCAAUACCAUCGUUCUAAUUCAAAGUUUUUUAAAAUGGCUUACUCAAAAUGCCAUUGAGUUGUUAUGUGUAAAGAGUAUAUCGUUUUUGUAUAAAAAGAUAAUCUGCUGUGUGUUGACGAUAUUUAAUUGCUUGAAUUCAUUACCACAUUUAGACUUGCAGGAAGUAGUACAAUGUUUUGCAAAAAUUAUAAAAGGUAAACUUGGAAAAUGUUCUACCGUCAUCGAUGAUGAAUUCAUUACUUUUCAUAUAAAAAGUGAUCAGUAUAUUCCUAGCUACGUUACAAAGCGACAAGUUACCAUUCAAAUAAAUCAACAAAUUGAUUUCUCAGCUGUUUUCUACUGUUUCCUAAUGUUGAUAGAUCAUAAUUUCAAUAAAUUUAUUCAUUCCCAUUCAUAUAUAGUGUAUCUCCUCCAGCUGGCAAUAGAUAUAAUGCAGCUAUCGAGAGGUGUUGUUAAUGAAAAAGCCAAACAAUUAACUUGUAAAUUAUUUAUUAAAUUAAAUAAACCAAUCAUUUAUGAGGUCUGGCAUAAUAUCAACUAUUGCUUUUUGGAAUUCAGCUCCGUGGUUCUAAAUCAACAUGAAUUAAAUAAAAAUACACUUUGCCUAAUGGCUGAAGCUGUGGAUCAUGCGAUUCUAGUAGGAUGUUCAGGAGUGAAUGCUAUAAACAAGGAAAUGUUUUCAUCUUUAUUAAACCUCAUUGCGCUGGUUUACAAAUGUGAAAAUAUAGAAGAACAAGUUAAACAAGAAUGGACGAAUCGAUUACUCUCGUUGUUACAAUUUACAUCAGUAGAGACAACAGAUAUUAACGACAUCAGUGCAAUGAUACACGUAGCUCAAAAAUAUGAGAUGUUUUACCCAGUCCUUGAAGAAUGCAUGUUACAAAACAUCGAAAAGUUUAUUACUCAACAAAAUAUUCAUUCUGAUUCCUUGUCUAUACCUGCAGGAAUAUCAAAGUCUGAUACAGCAUUUGAAACAAUUUGCGUUAAUAAAAUUAACCCAAUGUGGGAAAUUAUAUUAGAAAAUUUGGAAGAUAUUAUUGAUGAAAGUGAUUCUUCAACGAAACGAGACGACCAUUUUAAGUUUGCUUUGAACGCAAUAAGAACAGGAUAUCACCUCAAGUGUUUAUUAGAAUUGAAAUACAAAACUGUGAAGAUAGAAUUCUUUAGUGAAGACGUUUUAGAAAAUAUUAAAAAAACUCCAGUCAUUAUCAAACAGGCAUUGAGGGUAUCGCCGAGUGUUGAAACAUUUCAGGUUCUCAUCAAAUUACUCAGUGCAGUUCUAAAGAUAGUCGGUGAGGACAUUUGCCAAUUAAGAGAUGUGUACAUGCUUUUUCUCACAGCUUGGCAUAGCCCGAUGCUUGGUUUGGAGGUAGAUGAAGCUUGUGUGGAGGGGCUUUGCUAUUUAACUUUAGUCUUGAAGGAAAACAUUUACUCAAACUAUACUCACAUUGUUGUGAAAUUUCUUUGCGGUAUUGUGAGGGAAGCUGCACACCCAACACUGGUUGAAAAAUCAAUCAGUGCUUUAGUUAUUUUUUUUCUGAGUUUUGAAGAUAAUUUCUUAAAAAAUACCAUUGCCAGGUCAUUACAUCACCUUAUAUUGUCUAACAUCAAUGUACUAUUUCAUAAUGUCAUGGGGAAAUAUUUAUUGUGCAUUUUGGCAAAUAGAUGCGUUGUGCAAAGACAUGGGUUCUCACACAAUUUAUGCUGCUUAGAUUGUGAUUUGCAAUCCAAACAGACAUUUACUUACAACACUAAGCUUGUCCAUUAUGUCCACUACGCUAGUAUGGAAUUUUGUGAUAGAAUUUUUGGAAUUAAAGAAGGCUUUCAUACAAAAAUGUGCUCUUUUAUUUGCCAUUAUUCCAAACAUACGCCUGUUUUAAAAUCACCUGAAAUCGUGGAAAAAAUAAUAAAUGCUAUAUUGGAGCCAGAAUUAAAAGAUAGAAUCGGCCUUAUACAAUACUUGUGGACUUUAAUUUACAACGAUGAUCACUCGGUUAACAUCGAUGUCGUGAAAGUCAUGUACAAAUCAAUUUGCAAUAGAGCGGUUCAGCUUGAUUCUUUGACAGCUGAUCAAAGGGAAAUUACAAUUAGUGUCAUUUUAAAAUUUCAUUUACAGAUAGCAAGCCUACCAGUUAAAGAACUUUUAAUACCGACUAUUAAGAUUAUUUUAGCAUACUGUGUAGGUAUGGAGUUUGAUGAAGGUACAUUGAAAAAAUUAUUAAAUCCAGUAUUAAAAAUACACGAAAUAGACAUGGAGAAAUUGUUAAUUGAGCACGAAGAACAAAUUGGCUUGUUUAUUGCGGAACUCAUUAUAUACAAUUUGCACAGGGGCAAAUAUUGUAUAUGGAAAACUAUUUACCAAUUUUCCCGUAUGUUCGGCCUUUUGCCUGAAAAAGCAUUAUUUUCAUAUAUAACAAGAUAUAUUUUAACGCACGUAAUGUCUUGCUUUGAACCUGAUCAGGUUAAAUAUGUUUACAAUGAGAUUGCAGAAUAUUUAGGCUUUACAAUGCAACAACUGUUAACCAACUAUUUCGAAGAUAUAUUUUGCUGUAUAUAUUUUAUUGAAAAUAAAUAUGUAGAAAAGAAAAAAAAUAUGUUAAAUUUACUACUGAAGUUAGCUGACAACGACUUAAAGACACUAAUAUAUUUUAGAUAUAAUAAAUUUAUUUGUAAAGUAAUUUUGAACUGCCAGAAACCAAUAUCUAUUAUCAGGUUCUUAUUUAAAAUAUCUGAUAGUGAUCAGCAUACAAAGGCCAAGAAUAAUUUCUUGAAACAAAACAUAGUUGGUUUACUCACAGCUAUAGAUUCAAAACUAACGUCUUCCAAGUCUUCAAAAGUCGUCGUAAAACGAUGCUUGAAAACAAUAGGGGCUUUUAUCAAGAUUUUAGGGUCAGAAGCAGUGACUAGUAUUCGUAUUAAACUUUUAAACACGCUGAGAACGGGAGUAAACCUUCAUAUAAAUACAUUUCCAAAACAGUGUCUCAAAAUCUGGCUUUAUUUCUGUUACAGUGUGGACUUGUAUAAAGCGGCUCCUUACCUUUCAACUAUAUUUUUACAAUUGUUGCCAUUGUAUUCCCAUUUCCCAACAGAUAUUAGAAAUUUAUUCUACUAUUUGGUGGUUGAAAACAGCCAAGCUUGUGCCGAAUAUAUUCCAGAUUUGUAUUUCGUUCCUGAUGUACCGGAUGAUGUUAUUAUGCACACUGUUUGGAAAGCAAUCAAAUCUGUGUUUUCAAAAGACACGGAUUACCAAGAACACAUUCGCAGAACAAUACAACAUAUGAAUUAUGACAAUGUAGAAGCUAGAGCAGUUGGCUUGCGACACCUUCAUCUACUUUUGCGAAAUUAUGCACCAAUGCUGUAUGAUACAGCGUUAAAGAGUGAAACUCUCGAUCCGAUUUUUGAAGAGAUAGUCUCUUGUGUGUUAUCAAAUGUUGAUUAUAGAAAUACUGAAAUAAAGAUUGCUUGUGCUAUGUGUUUAGGAGAAUUGGGAGCUUUAGAUCCAGCAAGAUUCACGUUCAAAUUUGAAAAAGCAAAGGAAAGAAACGACAUAUACGACGUAAGGAGUAAGCAGUUUGCUUCGCUCUGUAUUGGCGUGAUGGUCAGGGAAUUGAAUAAAAUGGAUAAAAUUGAUGAUGUCAAUGUUAUUGUUAGCAGUAUACAGGAACUUUUAAAAAUGUAUUAUAAACAGGGGGAAAAAGGCAUUUUCACAAACUUUUCAGUAAAUGAACAAGACGUCUUAGAGCCAUUGCUCAAAACAAGAUAUAUAUUUAAACCUCCUCAGUUGAAGUUGCGACCAUGCCACGAUAUAGUAUUCGGGUCACAUGUUGGCUUAUCGCCUACUGUUUGGGCAUUUAAAUGGUGCUCAGAAUUAUUGACAUUUGUACCAAAUUCAUUUGCAAAAGAAGUCUUUCUCAAGUGCCUUCCGUGUUUCGGUGUAGACUUGGAAAUUGUUGAAACAGUAUUACCUUAUAUUGUUUUGCAUGUGAUUUUAUUUUCCACCAUAACAAAUGUUUUUUUGGUGGAGAAGGAAAUGAAGUGUAUAUUACAUUGGGAUACUGACCGAGAGAGAACGCAAAUACCUAAAAAAUUAUCAUUGGUCAAGGAAAAAAAAUCUGAUGACGUCAUUUCCAUGUAUUCAGAUGAAAAGCAUAACAAGUAUCAAGCCAUUAUAUUGGAUUUAAUAGAUUUUCUAUACAAAGCAUAUAUUGAUAUUGAAGUUCAUGAUGCAAAUCUGGGAGUCAACAAAGAAGUUCUUAAAAUCUCUCAUUUAAAAUUUCUACUGAAAAAGUUCUCGGCUACUGGAUUGUCUUUGAAGUCUUAUGUACAAAAUGAUUUUUGCCAUUCCCUUUAUCACUUUGAAAAAAGUUUUGAAGAUUCUGACUAUUCUAGUAUGAACUUAUUUCCACUGAGAAAUACAUAUGCAAAGCUUAAUGAUUUAGAUGGAUUGCUUGGCGUCAUGAGGUGUGGUAAAAAAAUUCCAACAAUUGAAGAAAGGAUGUUGAAACAUGUAGUAUCAGGAACAGUUCAGGAUGCUGUUGGCGGUUAUGAACAUUUGGGAAUGAAAUAUAAUAGCACUCAUUCGUAUCGUGUGUUGAUUCAAUGUUAUUUGUGCAUCAAUCAACCAUUUAUAGCACUAAGACUAUCCAAAACUCUAAUAAAUGAAAGUUUUUACAUGGAACCAAGUUUAUACAAUGAUCACAUUGAGGUGUUGUGGAGUACUUCAUCUUAUGAUCAAUUAAACAAAGAAUUAAAUCAACUUGGUCCUGGAAUUACAAAUAGCUGGUGCUGGGGAAUCGAUUUGAUAGGCGCAUUUCAACAUUUAAGGCAACUUUCUAUAGAAAAGAUGACUUCAAAAGUUAAUUCUAUGCAGUGUCAUUUAAUCGAUUGCCUUGCGAAAAUAAGCAACAAGAAUGUUUUUAAGUAUAGGCAAGGCUAUUGGUAUAUUGUAAAGCUUCAUAUCCUUAAUGAGGUGACCAACUUUGCACAUUUAUUAAAUACAUCAUGCAAUGACGACUUCUCCGUCGUAAACUAUAGCCAGUAUUUUAGCCAGUUGGAUUCUCGGUUCAACUUAUUGCCAUCUCACGGACUGUUCAUACAAGAUGUGCUGAAAGUUAGACAACAAUGUAUGAUGGUUGCGCUGAAUCUCAGCAAACAACAUUUAGUAUUAAAUGGUGAACUUUUUCUAAAAGAAUUGGGAAAAAUGUGGAUUCGAGCAGUGAAAAUAGAAAGAAAAAAUGGAAGCCUGACAAAUGCUUAUUCAAACAUAGGAAUUGCCGAAAUGUACUCGCCCCCAGAUCUUUUCAUUCAGAAAGCCAAAUAUUAUAGAGCGAACAACGAAACGGAUUCAGCUGUUUUUAUUUUAAAACAAGGAAUUCGACAGUGCUUAACGGACAAAAAUAAUUUAAUACUCAGUGCUAGGGCGAAGAUGCUGAUAGCUAAGUAUGAUGUUGAAAAUAUGAAUGUUGAUUUUAAUAAAGGAUACCAAAGUAUAUAUGAAGCUGUAACUCUAUGCAAUCUUGAAGAAAAUUUUGUUUAUUUGGCACAAUACUUAUACAAGCAACACCUCUGUGAACGUUGUCCUGACAAAAGUUCAGAAACAAGGGAGAUGCAGUAUAAAGCAGCAUUAAACUUUAGCAAGUCAUUGCUAUUUGGAUGCAAAUUUAUUUAUCAAUCUAUGCCUUGUCUUUUAACCCUGUGGCUAGAUUUUUCAUCGAGAAGUACCAAAACCAUCUCCAUUCUAACUGAUGAACAUGUAGCACAUAAAAAAAACAUUGUAGACAUGCUGGACCGAUUUAGAUUGCUUAUGACAAAUAGUAUAGUGUGUUUACCAACAUAUAUGUUUAUGACAGCAUUCUCACAGAUAUUGUCACGAAUUAAUCAUCCGUCAGUGCCGUGUUUUUCCAUUUUGAAACAAAUAAUACUCAACAUUCUUAAAGAAUACCCUCAACAAGCAAUAUGGUCCUUUGUGGCAACAAUUAAGACUACUCAUGAGCAUCAAAAAAGACGUGUGACCGAAAUACUUUCAAAAUUAAAAAAUAAUAAAGCACUGGCCAAAUUCAUUCAAGGCUUUGUGGAAUUUGUCAACUAUUUAAUCGAUCUGUCAAACAAAAGGAGUUCGAACUAUACGCCGGCAAUGAAGCUGCAGGCCCUUUCGCCUGAUUUGCGCAAGUUCUUGAAGGAAAGACGUUUGCAAAUAAUGGUUCCUUCUCAACAUCUAAGAAAUAUUGACAUUCCAAAUUACAAGUAUUGUAAGUCAAUCACCGGCAGGAUGCAACACGACCCUUUCCCACAAUCACUGAUAUAUUUCCAAGAUGUGAAAGAAAUUGUUAAUGUUUUAUUCUCUGUUCAAAUGCCAAAGAAACUGACAUUCAUUGGUUCUGAUGGAAACACUUAUCCGAUUCUAUGCAAGCAUAUGGAUGAUUUGCGGUUGGAUUCAAGAAUAAUGGAAUUUAAUUCCAUUAUCAAUUUAUAUUUGCGCAGAGAUUCAGCAGCACAUGAUAGAGGCUUGCUUAUUAGAACUUACAGUGUUGUUCCACUUAGUCGUGAGUGUGGUUUAAUCGAGUGGCUACCAGAUGUUACUCCUUUUAAACGAAUUGUGAUCCAGAUGUACAAACAAUUUAAAAUUGAAAUAAUGACUUCUUCAGAAGUAAAAAGUUUAAUGACAGCACCAACAGCACCGAUAGAAAAUAAAUUAAAAAUAUUUGAACAAAGCCUUCUUGCUAAGCAUCCUCCUAUUCUGCACAAAUGGUUUUUUCAAGCUUUUCCACGGCCAGAUGCAUGGUACUUAGCAAGAAAAAGCUAUGUUAGAACACUUGCGGUAAUGUCAAUCGUCGGAUACAUUGUAGGACUAGGUGAUAGACAUGGAGAAAAUAUCCUUUUGGAUACAACAACAGGUGAAGUGGUUCACGUGGAUUUUAACUGUCUUUUCAAUAAAGGAGAGCAGUUCCUUUAUCCUGAAACAGUUCCAUUUCGGCUUACCCAUAACAUGGUGAAAGCAAUGGGCCCAACGGGAAUGGAGGGUGUUUUCUUAAAAUCCUGUGAAAUAACUAACAAAGUCCUUAGGAGCAAUACGGAUCAACUGAUAUCUGUUAUAAAGCCUUUUAUGUAUGACAUUGAUAUGGCUCCCAAGUCCAUUGGAUCAGAAGGAAUAGAUUUCAUCAAUGAAGAGGCAAAGCAAAAUAUAAUAAAUGUACAAAAAAGACUGGCUGGUACUGUACGGACCAAAGCAGCGGCAAAUGUUCCCGUGAAGCAAAGUAAUCCGCUUUCUGUUGAAGGUCAAAUAAGAUAUUUAGUGAACGAAGCGACAAGUCACACAAACCUUUGUCAAAUGUAUUGCGGCUGGGCUCCUUAUUUAUAAAAACAAAUCUAAUAUUAUUUUUUAUUAAAUUAUUUAAAAUUUGUAGUA